UUUCAUUUCAACCAUCACUUCACCAUCUCCGGUGCUCUCCCAUCUAUCCAUUUGAACAGUUGUAGAUCUCAAGAGGAAGGUAACUACGUCCACCAAAAUGGAUGCAAUUAAUAAAGCACAAGGAGGAAUUCAGAUGCUGCUAACUGCGGAGCAAGAGGCCCAACAAAUCAUUGCAUCUGCCAGAAAUGUUAAAAUGACGCGUCUAAGGCAGGCUCAUGAAGAAGCAGAUAGGGAAGUGGCAGACUAUAGGGCUCAAUUAGAAGCUGAAUACCAAAGACAAAUCUCUGAGAGUAGCGGAAGCUCAGACUCAACUGUGAAGCGGCUAGAAGCAGAAACGGAAACAAAGAUUGAGAAGUUGAAGGAAACAGCCUCUAAGGUGUCUCCCGACAUUGUUUCCAUGCUAAUCAACUCCGUCACUACCGUUAAGACAACUUAAUUAAUUCAUUGUCCGAGACUCCGACCUAGAUGCUAUUGAAGAUUGCAGUAAAUCAUCGAUAUAUUACACAUGUACACAAAUAAAAUUAUUUACACCUUCGCUCAUUUGAUCAUCCAUUUAUC